GACCAAUUCAUGAGAAUGCUCGGCACCAUGACCGGCAUGGAGUUGGAUCUAUCCAAGCUCACCGACGGCGAGGCCAAGCACGUGUGGCAAGUUGUUCAGCGAGAUUUCGACCUGAGGAAGAAAGAGGAAGAAAGGCUUGGAGAGCUCAAGACCAAGAUUGAGCAAGAAGACUGUAAAAGAGAGAUGCUGGAUCAUUGGGUGAAUUUGACGAAGUCUCACUGCAUUCGCUGUCUGAAAACUUUCAAGUUCCUGGUGAACAGCAGGCGCCAGUGUCUGAACUGUCAGCUAUACAUCUGCAGGUCAUGCAGCCGUUACAACAAAAAGGAGGACGGCUGGGUGUGUGAUCCUUGUCACAUGUCCAGGGUCCUCAAGAUUAGCACACUGGAAUGGUACCACAAGAACCUGCGUGAGCGCUUUGAGCAUUUCGGCAGCACCAAGGUGAUGAGAUCGCUCUUCAAAAGACUCAGUGGAAAUAACACAUACUCUUCUGAUGAUGACGAUGCAAGUGAUGCCAAUCAUCGAAAACACAAUACGCAGAGCAACCCCGAAGUCCACAGCCUUGGAUUUGAUGACAGUUGUAUGGAUGCUGCAGAUUCACAACACUAUAACCAGAUGAAAAAAAACAAAAGGCGUCUCACUGUUGACCCCAUCGAUUUUGGCCUGGACUGUGACUAUGUUGCCAAACCGAGACGACACUCUCACCAGAAUCCAGGCUCUGUUGACAUCAUGAUGAUGAAUGGUGGCGUGAGGGAGUCUGACAUGGCUUCUGUUUUCCAUCAAUUUUUGAAAGAGCAAUGCAAGGGUCUGGAUGUUGGGUCUGACCCUAGCUUUACUUCACAACAAGAUGACAUUUUGUACUUGGACAACCAAACCUUUCCGUCUCCCUGCAUGUCCCGACUCAGCUACUCUUCUUGUGGCAGUGGGAGUGCCCGGGGACCUCGGGGAGGUGGCAGCAGCUACUUCCUAGGCCCUGAUGAUGUUGACUCAGAGGAGGACGAUGAUUUCAGACGGGCCACCGUGGUCUACCAGGCUCAUUUGGGAACCUGUGACCACAUUUCCCAAGAGAGUCUCAACUGCUCCAACCACUCACCACAGAUCACUGACCUGAACAGACCAAUGUCAGCCAUCGAGAGCCUUUUAAGCCGCUUGCAGAUCACUGUGACCUCCGACCCGGACAUCAAGUCUCCUCACGUCCAAGACGACAACUCUCCUCUUCCCGGGUGGGAGGACGCGGACAUAGAGGAGCAUCAACUCAGACAAAAGCUGAUCGCAAUGGCGGGCGACAUAAGCGACCACAGCCUGAGUUCUGAUGAGGAAGACUCCAACCGGUCACUUUUCUCCCAAUUGAUCUUGGCAUCAGAAAUAGCGACAAGUCGAGAAGGAGACAAAAAAUCCACCAAAGUACCUUCUAGACCUACUUCCAGAACAAGCGUGGAGGUCCCCAGAAUGGAUGAGCUGACAAACUCUCAGAAGACAGACCGUUCAACAGAAAGCCUGGAGAGUAAGUGGCACACCCAAGAGGACGGCUCAAAGUCAGGUUUCAUGGGUUCAACGGCGUUACUAUUAUUUGAGCUGGAGGACAAAAUUGCUCAAGCUGCUGCUGAUGUUCAGAACACACAGACUCAGGUGUCGUACAUUGAAAACAAGAUUGCCGCUCUCAACCCUGGCGGUGUGCCGCUGGAGAAAAGACAAAAGUCUAGAGUCCUGCUAAGAACGAGAAGACUUUCCCACAAGCCAGAUGGACACGUUUGCAAGGAACUACAGAGGCUCUCUGACCACUGCGGUGGUGAUACCCAAGACCAGGGCAAUAUGUGCGUAUAAUAGACAUACA